AUGGCUCCGAAGAAAUUCAACCCAAGCCUUGAGUACUUAAUAGAUGCUCAGAGAAUCAGAUCCAGUUUUUGUGGCCACCGUUAUCGACCUUCUGUCCGGCAAAGGAGGAUAUUGAAGACAAUGGAGGCUUCGAAGGUUCCAGUGAUGGCUUGCCAAGAUGUUGCGAAUCUUGUUAAGACCUCACUUGGUCCCGUCGGAUUCGACAAGGUUUAUACUCUGAUUCAACUGCUCUGUGACUAUUUUGAGAUGAAUGCAGAAUUUCUCUAA